AGCUUAGUCCAUUGAGGCGAGUAUUACGUCCUGCAGGAGAUCCGUUGAUAUUCAGCUACCGUCCAUCUACCACAGUCCAAUCGAUUUCAUCCGUUCGACUCCACUUCUCACACCACCACAAUGCGUUUCUCCACUGUCUUCAUCGCUGCGCUCGGUGCCGGCGCCGCCAAUGCCCAGGUCGACUCCCUCCUUUCGUCCAUCGGAGGAGACGUCACUUCAGUACUGAGUGACCUGUCUUCGGACUUUGCCUCUGCAACAUCGGCGGCCGGUUCUGCCAUCAACUCCGCUACGCAGAACUCCGGUUUUCAGUCAGCAGCCUCGUCCAUCAACAGUGAGCUUUCAUCGAUCGUGGGAUCGAUUACGAGCGAGCUUGCUUCGGCUACGGGAAGCGCGGCUUCCUCCCUCCAGUCCGAAUUGAGCUCUGCUCUUUCUUCCGGCGAGUCGGCGGCGAGCUCUGUUGCCAACUCCGCCACUGCAACCGGCACAGCAGAGUCCACCGGUGCUGCUGCGCCCACCAACCUUCCCGCGAUGGGAGCCAUUGCUGGAGGCCUCCUUGCCAUCGCGAACCUUUUGUAAUCGCGUGUGGCCUCGUCUUCGACAUCAAUCGGUCAUCAAUACGAAAAAGUCUACAUUCGACGGUUCAAUCGACUGGACAUACCUACCAUCAGC